GUACAAUGUUCACUGUCUUUUGCAUCUUGCUGCUGAUGCAAAGGUGCAUGGUACUUUAGAAUCUUUUUCAGCAUUUGCUUUCGAAAACAAUUUGCAGAUGAUCAAAAAGCUUCUUCGCCGGUCAGGCUGUCCCCUCCGCCAAUUGUACAACAGGUUAAAAGAAAGUGACAACCUACAGAGCGUGUCCUCAUCUUGCACUGUUGAUGGAUGAGCUGCUUGGUAGCCAUGAGGCAGCUGUUACCCCUACAGGCUGCAUGAACCCUCAAUAUAAGGCAGUCAAAUUUCGUUCCUUUACGGUUACCCUUAAAGCAGCCAACAACUGCUGCAAAGUUGGAAAUGCGAUUGCCCUUGUUGACGCUAUAGCACACAGUAGCCAAGAUGAGAGCCCUUGCAUUGUAGGAAGGCAGUUUCUAGAAGUGAAACCACUGUACACACAACCGUUUGACUCUACUAGGCUCAGUAUUGCUGUUGUUGACAGGCUUUCAAAUGUCCAGUGCUGGUCAAUCACUGACAUUCAGAACAAGCUGGUUAUCCUUCCUUACCAUGAUAAGUUUGUAGUUGUACCUUUACUUCAUACGAGCUAGCUCGAACACUGUUCCUAUGUUGAAAGAAUAAACGCUGUUUAUGUUCUAGCUCCUUGUUAAUUUGUUGAAUGCAGGCUACAGCAACAAAGAACUGAAAUUUGUGCUAACAUUCUGAUAGAAAAAUAUUUUAAUCUCUUCUAAAAAAUGCAUUCAGCAUAGCGAUGUUUCUUCAUGCUGCCACUUAAGUGAGUGUAUUAAUGCCGGCAGUGUUUGAUAGUAGCUGAAUAAAGAAAGGUGGUGCUGACAUUAUGUCAUGUUGUAGCUUCUGCAACUAAAAAUUUCUGUACAACAUUUAUAAUUUUGUUACUUUUUUAUGAAGUUAGUUUGGCAGAUGAGAUGUCUAAUAUGUCCACUGAAAUCUGAGAACACUGUAAAACAAAGGCAGUUGUUCGCAUUAGCUUUUGCGAAAAAAUUUUAACCAGUCGAUGUUUAUGUUCAUUUUUUGUCUGAGAGUGGUCACAGACAAUUUUUUACAGAUGCGCUUUUCCAUUGUGGAAUUUACUGAAGAGAAAACAGUAGCUGUUGUGCCCAACAUAUGGAUUGUUGGUGGCAAAUGCUAUUGGCCACCAGGACCUGGCUGCAAAAUGGCAACUGUUCAAAAAGCAAAAGCCCCCAACAAAGACUGGAAAAUGUACAGCAUUGUGGUGAAAACUACCUACAGCACAUAUCAAGAGGCUCGUAGAAAUCUGGAUCAAGCUCAGUACUCUGAUGUUGAAUCUGAGCACCUUCAGAAACGGAAGGUGUCAAAGCCAAGUCGUUACAUCAGCGAUGAUGAAGUGCCUACUUUUCAUUCACGCCUCACUGGUUCAAAUGGACCGUCCACAGAUGAACGAAUGGAGAACACUUGUGCAAAUGCUUGCGACGAAUUUCACGAAGGAGGAAACCAGUUGCAAGAGGUUGGCAACCAACAGAAAGGACAGAUGUCAAAGCCAAGCCACACCUUCAAUGCUCUUUUGAAACCCCCCAGCAGCUUUCCUGGCCCAUCUGGUUCAACACACAGAGACUGCGACACUCCGGCAGAAAACACUGAAGAUCUUUCAAGUGACUCUGACGAAUCGGAAGAUGGUUGUGAGAUGCUGGAUGGCCAGGAGACUGAAGCUGGCAUGCGUGACUCUGCCAUGGCUUCACCUCCUGCACGGGCAAAAAACAGGAAGGCGCUAACCCCAGAGGAGUUCCAGCAUGAAGUACUCGUGAAGCUGACAGUGCUGCGAAUGGUUCAAAAGCAGCAUGGGAACUUAUACAUGGGCUGAUCGGCCGGCUUCGGUCCAAUGCUGCCAAAGGAAAUGCACCUUUAGUUUCCAGCCCGUUCUUGGAGUACGAGUCACUGAAACAGUUCGAUAACAAGUUGACUGGCCAGAUGAAAGAUGUGCUUGUGGAAGAGCUUGCCAACAAAGGUGGAAUCAAUGCUGCUGCGUGCACAAAAAGAAUUCUUUGCUACCUGCUCUGUGACAAUCUUGCAGCGGAAUUCUC